AUGUCGGCGGAGGAAGUCCUCGCUCGUUCCGCCCCGCAGGUAGCGUCCCCCGCGCUCGACCAGUUUAUUCUCUUCGGCGACUCCAUCACCCAGUUCGCCUCGUCGCAGGAGAGGGGCUUUGCUUUUCAGCCCGCAAUCCAGAAUGAAUAUAUCCGGCGUCUCGAUGUCAUCAACCGCGGGUUUAGCGGGUACAAUACCUUUAACAGCUUAGGGCUUUUGCCCCAGUUUUUCCCGCCAGCUACGAAAGAGCGAGUGAGGCUGAUGACUGUUUUCUUUGGCGCAAAUGACGCCGUUCUACCUCCUUACGAGCAGCAUGUGCCAUUGGACAAGUAUCGGCAGUAUCUAAAAGAUAUUCUGACCCACGAGGCUGUGCGAGCCCAAAACACCAAACUUCUUUUGCUUACCCCGCCGCCUGUAAAUGAAUAUAAGCUCGAACCUACCCCCGCACGGUCGGCGGCAACUACAAAGAAGUAUGCAGAUGCUUGCAGAGAGGUUGGGACUGCGCUCAAAGUCCCAGUGGUAGAUAUUUGGGCUGCAUUUAUGAAAGAAGCUGGAUGGACGGAGGGCACUCCGCUUGCCGGAUCGAAAGAUGCGCCACCAAAUCAGGCGCUUGAGCAAUUGUUAUAUGACGGUAUCCUCGCCUCCACUUUGGUCCUGCAGGCUAUCGAGUAA